UUCCUCCAGACAGCGCGGUUCUCGUCGUUUGAUUAGCGUGCUAACUUUGGAGUCUAUACUCUCGGGAACGGCAAUCUGGAAAAAUUUAAGCUCUUUCCCUAAUAAUCAGAUAUUUGCUUUGCAUUUAAAAAUUCAAACUAUCAGAAGAAACUAGCAUAUAAAUUGCUUUUGUCAGUGAGGUUGACAGAAAAAUCUGGAAGCUAUCAAUGCUGCACAUUUUAUCACAAGAGUUUCAGAGGAGAUACACAGUCAUAACACGGUGUUAUUUGUUUUGCAUGUAGAGCUGCGUCACCGCGCCGACAGUCCGCUGGGAAAUCACUUACACACAUAUUGUGCCACACGCAACGAUCAGUCAAGCGUGGUGGUCGUCGGGACAAAUUGUUUUCCGUGCUUGAGGAAACGUGCAGUGCCUGGGAAAUAGUAUAUAUUAUUUAUAUUGCAAAUAGUCGACGAGAAAUGCAGUUUGCAGCUGCAUCUGCCACAAAGUAUUCAAGGUGAUCCGGAGCACUAUGCUAAUGAGACAUUGAGAUUAUUAAUGAUGCUCUCUUUGAUUCAUACAAGUAACGCAUAGAAUUAUAUGGAUGUAAAAAACCGGCUAUAAAUCCUAAACACAUUAGAUAAUUUAAAUGCGUCUUAUUGUGAUAUUUUAAGAUUGUGUCACCUGCAAAAAUUUCUAAGCUUAUUUUAUUCGUAAAAUGGAGGAGGACCCACAAGCAAAUGUGCUGGUCAUCAAAGACAUCAAAUCAAAUUUAUGUUUAUCCACUUUUACGCGAGAGCUAGCACAAAGGCUAUCAAACAAAAUAUGCAAAUAACAUAUAAGGUUCACGCACGUGCUUGUCGCCGUUGGAAGCCGAAAUCAUGGCUCCCACUUUGCAAUGGCAAAAAACUGGUUGAUUUACAAGUUGGUCCGGUGAAUACGCCGGAAUUGAAGCUCUCCUUCCUCAACAUGCUGGAAAAGAUACCGCUAUCCUCGGCCCGACGUUAAAUUACUCCUAAUCUCAGUCUACACGAUGGCGAAGUUGGGACACGUGUGCAUCGUGGUGCUGGCCGCCGCCGUAGCAUGCUUCGGCCAGCGUUUCGUGUAUCACAACGAGGAGUUUGAGGACAGGGAGGCGUUCGAGGCGACGAUGAGCAUGUUCCGCCAAGGCUUCAACAUCUCCAGCAUUUACGGACAUAAUUUGACUGACGUUGAUUUUUCCAACGACUGCGCCAAGCUGACCAAAGAGUACUCCUGUCCGCAUCCCCUCAUCAGCUUCUUCCUCUACGCCGGGCCGAACGGAACGCGCGAGUACAUUAACGAGAGCGACCCAAACUGGUUCGCCGAUAGCAAUUUCGACAUCAGCAAGAAGACCGUGCUGUUAAUUCACGGAUUUGGCGGAGGCGAUGACGUCGGAUCAUUGCCCCUGCUCAGAGACGCUUACGUGAAAAAUGGCAACUACAACCUAAUAAACGCCGACUGGGAAGUUCUGGCCAAGUGGCCGUGCUAUUUGCAAGCGUUGGACAACUUGAAGCCCGUGGCCAACUGCACGGCUCACUUCUUGGUCAACUUUGAGCGAGUAUCCGGAGUGCAGCUGAGCGAAAUCGACUGCGUCGGCUUCAGCCUGGGGGCUCACGUCUGCGGCAUAGUCGCCAAUCACAUUUCCGACCAGUUGGGACGAAUAAUCGCUUUGGAUCCGGCGCGGCCACUCCUCCAGUCCAGGAACAAAAACGACCGGCUGGACGCUGGAGACGCAAAGAUCGUUCAAGUCAUACACACCAAUGCUGGAUUUUUCGGAAUGACUAGUUUGCAAGGCACCGCCGACUUCUGUAUCAACGGCGGCCGCACGCAAAUUGCCUGCAAGCCACAAUCAGACUACAACUACUGCAGCCACGUACAGUCGCUGUGCUUCCAGGCUGAGAGCUUGUUCCCCGACAGGGUGAGACAGGGCAUGCCCUGCGACGGAAGGUGCCCCCACGGCAGCAGGAUCAGGACGCGUGACGGCGACAACGCCACCCUGGGCCAGCCCUUGGAGACUUCCGCGUCCGGAAUGUACUGCGUGAGUGCGCCGACGCCGCCCUACUGCCAGGUGCCCGAUUCUGACGAACCUGAUUACGGCGACCCGAGGUGCUGCGCCUCGGCUGCAGGAACGCUUGGCGGCAGUGCUAAGAAGACGUCCAUUUCCAGCUACAAACUUGGCGCGGGUCCAGUUGCGGAGGCGUCGCAGGACCAUCGCGAGGACACCGAGGAGCACGAGGCCGACCCUGACGUCACCAGCAAAAAGUGCAUACAGAAGCGAAUCGCGAAUGUGUCGUGCCCUGAUCCGCACAUAAAGUUCUACUUGUAUUCAGGAGUAAACGCGAGGAAGAUGCGCAUCAACGCCGUCAACUCGAGCUCGCUGGAAUGGCUGGUUUUAAACCUAGACAAACCCACAGUUGUGCUUGUGCAUGGCUAUCAGGGCGGAGAAAACUUUAUGCCCACUGUCAUUCUCAGGGACGCGUACGUCAAGAGCAGCACGCAUAAUCUGAUCACGGUGGACUACUCUGUGCUGAGCAAGGAGCGGUGCGACCGCGUGAUGGCCCGACACAAUGCCGAGCCCGUGGCCAAGUGCACCGCUCAGCUAUUCGAAUAUCUCGCCGAGUUCGGCGUGCAAACAGAGCGGACGACGUGUGUUGGCUUUGGACUCGGCGCACACAUUUGCGGUCUCGUCGCGAAUUUCGUUCCGAAGCGGAUGCAGAGAAUAGUCGCUCUAGACCCGACGGGCAACCGGCCGUUCAGGCGCUUCCCGGACAAGCGACUGGAUCCGUCGGACGCCGAGGCGGUGCACGUCUUCCACUCGGACACGCGCAAGUACGGCGAGGGCGGUGAGAGGCUCGGCACGGCCGACGUCUGCAUCAACAGCGGCAGGCAGCCCUUCUGCCGCAAAUCAAUAAACGACGAGCGGCUGUGCAGCCACGCCUCUUCGGUCUGCUUCUUCGCCGAGUCGCUGUUCCUGGCCGACGCCGGGUUGCAGGUUGAGCCCUGCGCGAACCGCUGCCCCCAGUCGCCGUGGAACCCACCCGUCGCGGCGGGCGAGAACGCCACCUUUGGAGCCGCCAUGCACAGCAGCGCCCAAGGAAUGUACUGCCUCACGACCGACGAGGUCCCCUUCUGUCCCAGCGACGAUCGCCAGUCCGACCACGGCGACCCCAGGUGCUGCAUCCUGACCAAGAAUUGACCAACCAACCUAUGCUUCACCUCCACACCCGACCCUCGUAGAAAUAUAAACUUGGUUCAGUAUUAUUUAAAGACUUAUGACGCUUGAGUAAAAUUAGUGCUGUGCAUUUUCUCUGAAAAUUGUUUAACGCUUGGAAAUCUAAUUUAUUUUGUAAAGUAUAGUGAAUUUGUUAAUUUAAAAAAAUAAAAUUUAAGUUAAAAAAAU